UGCUUUUUUUGACCUAAAGAGUGAAUUCGACAUGUCCAAGUCCAAGAACCACACCAACCACAACCAAAACAAGAAGGCUCACCGCAACGGUCUUAAGAAGCCUAGCCAGAUGAAGUACCCUUCCCUCAAGGGUGUUGAUGCCAAGUUCCUCCGCAACCAGCGUCACGCCCGCAAGGGUACUGAGAAGGCUCUUGCCCUCAAGUACGCCUCCAAGACUGCUUAAUCCAACUUACCCACAUUACUAUCAUCUGCAUAAAGUGCCGCCCAUAAUCUUUUAUUGAUUUCGUUAACACCUUUCCCCUUUUCUUGGUUUUUUUUUCUUUGGAUUUUGGUUAUGGUUGUAUCAUGCAAAGAAGCGGUCAGUAUAUACAUAUAUACAUAUAUAUAUAUGUAUGUAUAUACGUAUGCGCAUGUUGUGAGUUCUUUGACUUGUGCGUGAAUAAUAAUAAUAAUAAAAAUAUAUUAUAAAUAU